GUGUAACUGGCCAAACAAGAUAAUAUACUAUUACUAUAGUAUGUGGUUUAUACUCGUACAACAACUCGGACUCAGUGCACGACGGUUGUCUGCAACAGCGUAUUAAAAUAAACAUACAUCCAAGAUGGUGGUCACUCUGUACAAGUUAGACGCCAGUCCACCAGUGCGAGCGGUGAAGAUGGUCAUCGCAGCCAUCAAUCUACCUGACGUGGAAUACGUUGACGUCAACCUGCUGGAACGCGAUCAAUUCAAUGAAAACUAUAUGAAGCUUAAUCCACAACACACGAUACCAACAUUGGUGGACGAUGACUUUGUUAUUUGGGAUAGCCAUGCCAUUUGUACGUAUCUCAUAAACAUGUACGCUGAAAACGACUCUCUGUAUCCAUCGGAACCGAAGAAACGAGGUCUGAUCGAUCAAAGACUGCACUUUGAUAGUGGCGUACUGUUCCCACCAGUACGAGAAGCAGUAGGCCCAGUGAUCUUCGGCAACGAAAAAUCUUUCAAGGCAGAAGUGCUACAAAAAAUCCAAACCGGCUACGAGUUCACGGACAAGUUCCUGACGGGGGAGUGGCUGGCGGGUGACGAGUUGACAGUGGCUGACGUCUGCUGCGUCGCCACUAUCAGCACUGCGAACGAGAUUCUGCCUAUUGAUGAAGAUUUAUUUCCAAAACUGGCCAAAUGGAUGAAGCGUUGUUCUGAACUGGAAAUAUAUAAAAAUGAAAACGAACCUGGGUUGAAAAUGUUCAGUCAAAUACUGAAGAGCAAAUUGGCUUAGACUCAUAUUGCUUAAGUCUAUGGGGGAUGGAGAUCGAUGCGAGAGACCUUUGCGUAACAGUAGGACAACGUAUAUUAAUAACUAGCUUUUGCCCGCGGCUUCGCUCGCGUUAGAAAGGGACAAAAAGUAGCCUAUGUCACUCUCCAUCCCUUCAACUAUCUCCACUUAAAAAAUCACGUCAAUUCGUCACUCCGUUUUGCCGUGAAAGACGGACAAACAAAUAGACACACACUUUUCUAUUUAUAAUAGUAUAGUAUGGAUAAAUAAAUAGUAUAAUAUUAUAGUUAUUUCAUAGUAUCAACAAAAACAGAGAGACAUGGCGACGGAAUACAAGAGCUGCCUUGCUGUAAAAUCGACUGUGAGAUUACUACAACCACUUUGACAAGAAUGCAACGACUGACAAGAAAAGAGAGGAGGUACAUAAUAGUACCUAUAGCUACAUGCAUAUGAAUAUAACAAAAGAAUAAUACAAAUUUCUCGGAACUUACAACGUACAUAUUUAUAUAUUUAGUGUCUACAAAAAAAAAAAAAAUAAAACAACCUCAGUUUUAAAUAUAGUUUCAUAAAAAACAAACAUGAUAUUUUUAAAAGUAAUACAAGCAGAUAAAUUAAAGCUAAUUUUAUCAAUGUUGUUUUAUUGAAUUGUCUACAAGGAAACUAUCCAAAAUGUAUUUCUCUGAAUCAUUACCAUUUUAAGGAGUUGAUUUUAAGUUUAAGUAUCUUAUUUUAAACUACCGCAAAGGCCUAAGUAACAUUAAAAUUAAUAGUACCUUCAUUUGUUUCUAUAUUUCUUGAUUCGCUUUUAAUGUAUGAAAUAUUAAAGGGGAGUACACAUAGAAGUUACAAAUUAAACAUCUAAAUUGACUCAUCAUUAAAAUUCAUUAUUUACACGUCGUUUACCCAACGCACGACAGCUGACUUUCCAAAUUAGUCUCCCCGCAUGCCGACUCGUACACUAACAAAUGCGAACAUCCUCAACUUGACACACGCUACUGACAAGACCCUUUAAGAUAAAGUGUUCCGCUUGAAUGAAUAAGAUAUGAGAGCCGGCGACGGAGUUAAUAUUAAUGAGGCUGUUACAGGCUGUUUACAAUUGUUCCAACGUUGCCGACGGGCUUACCGCGAACCACGUUCGACUUACUGUCGUGUUUCAGUUACAUAUGGUUUUUAUAUGAGCUUAGUGUCCCACUGCCACUUGCAAACAUGCCACUUGAAAUCGCCGCGCCGUCGAGGUUUGCUGCGGCACAUGUGACUACGUCUGCGAAAUAUCUGAAGAAGUUCUUACGCUUACAAUAUCAGAGUCGUGGUCAGACAUGAGAUUUUUAUGAGCUUAGAGUCCUACUGCAGGGCAAAGACCUCCCUGUUCAUGUAUUGGGUCUUGGCCUGUUUUCUAACAGUCCUUAAUAUCAAAGGCGUCACGGUCAUCUCGCCAACGCCAUCGAGUUUUGAUGCGACUCAUGUGGUUACAUCUGCACAAUCUGAAGACGUUUUUAUACUGACAGUAUUAUAGUCCUGUAUAGAUGUUUUUGUUCGCGUAAGUGUGCAGGUACAUGUAACUGAACGCGACUGUACCUCUCUGUAACAGCCUUUUUAUUAUAACUGUUGGCAGUACCUACCCAAUGGCUCUAGCUUUACAAGAUGCGUAUGAGUGCCCGUUGAACAUUGGAGUCUGAACAUGGAGUCCACUCCGAAUUCUGACAUCCCACGACAUCCUAAUAUGGAUUGAAUCUGUUUAUUUUAUUAUUACUACUGCAUUAUUAUAUUACCAUGUUUGAAAUGAAUAUUUUUUAUCGAGAUUACGUAGAUAUUGCUGAGAUGUGCCAAUAAAGAGUAGGUAUUCUAUCUAUCUAAAUAUAGGACAAUGUAAACUUUGUAACACACAUGGGUAUCGAAAAUCUACAAUUGUAAAGUUCUACGCGUCCCUGUCACACUUACGUACGAAUUUACAAGUGUCGUACAAAGUUACACAUGUCGAACGUGGUUCGUAGUAGGCCCUCUCAAACUUAAACCAUCAGGGACGGUGAAUUGGUUAACCGUUUUUAAAAACUUCUUGUUUGUAAAUUGUAAAACAAAAAAAGGUAUUUUUUUGUUUAAUCGUUUUGUAUAAUAUUAAGUACUAGUUUACCACGCCGUGUUCUUCUAGGCGAAGUAGCGAAUGCCAAAAGAGAUGUUGGGAGACCAUUGCUUCGCUUCAAAGACUGCGCUAAGAGGGACAUGGCAGCCUUUAAAAUCGACUACCAAAACUGGGAGAAGCUUGCGGAGGAGCGGACGGAGUGGCGAAAGUGCGUUGGAGAUGGUCGCAAGUUCGUCGAUGAGACCUGGUUUGCGGCGCUUGCUGACAAAAGGGAAAGAAGACACCAUAGCGAAACGUCGCAAUCGGUUGGAAGCUUUCCUUGUCAGAUGUGUGGCAAAAUGUGUCGCUCUCGCAUAGGUCUCUUUAGUCAUCAAAAGCGAUGUCUUUCGGACAUUGCACCAUAAAUCGUCUGAAAUAGACGCUAAGGCUAUAUAUAUAUA